AUGCUUGUGCUGGCAAUUGGAGACCUACAUAUACCCGACCGGGCGAUUGACGUGCCUACGAAAUUCAAAAAGCUGUUGGUGGCCGGCAAAAUCUCCCAGGUUCUGUGUCUCGGCAAUCUGACCGACAAGCAGACGCUGGACUGGCUGGGAUCGAUUUCGCCCGACCUGCAGCUCAUCCGCGGCGACCAGGACUCGCAGCCCUCGUCGCUCAUCUACAACUCUCUGCCUCGAUCUCUGGAUCUGGAGGUGCCUGGAGGCACCAAUGCGUCCAAGAUCUACGCCGGUCUGUCUCUGUUCAAGACGGUGCAGCAUGGCGAGCUGAAGAUUGGCAUCACUGCAGCCCACAACACGCUUUCUCUGCACGAUCCCGACACUCAGCUGAUUAUUGCUCGUCAACUGGACGUGGACAUUCUCAUUUGCGGCGGAGCCCAUCGAGUGGAGGCGUUCGAGUUGGACGGCAAGUUCUUUGUGUCUCCCGGCUCCGCCACUGGAGCCUUCUCCGUUGAAAAGUAUACAGACGACGGUGUAGAGGAGGACGAGGAGGAGGAAGUGAAUGGUAAGGAGGAGAAUGAUAACGAGAACGAGGACGGCAAGAACGACGAGGACGGCAAGAACAAGGAGAAGGAAGAGUCUAAGGGCGACAAGGACGAUAAGGACAAGGAUGAGGACGGCAAGGACGAGUCUGAGAACAAGGAGGAGUCCGAGACGAACGGAGAGGAGACGAAAAUCACCGAGCCCUCCGAAGCCAUUCCAUCAUUCUGUCUUCUGGACAUCCAAGGGUCCGUAUGUGUGCUCUACGUGUACAUGUACAUUGAUGGCGACGUCAAAGUGGACAAGAUCAGCUACCGAAAACUGCAGUAA